AUGCUGUGUUUUAGAAGAAUUACAUUUGAUAGUCUUCCAGCAUACAAGUAUGUGGAAAUACCAGUUGCCCCUGGAAAAGCACUGAAAAUAGGGACCCAGGACCUAAAACCUAAUAAGAAUUUCUCUGAAACUCAGAGUGGUUCAGAUUUAGAUUUGAAUGGGAUAUUUCUUCUGGUGGGAGCUCCAAAAGCAAACACUACCCAGCACAACAUUGUGGAAGGAGGCCAGGUGCUCAAAUGUAACUGGAAUUCAAACAGAAACUGCCAGCCAGUUAUAUUUGACUCCACAGGCAACAGAGAUUUUGCACCUGAUGAUCCACUGGAAUUUAAAUCUCAUCAGUGGUUUGGAGCCUCUGUGAGAUCCAAAAAUGAUAAAAUUCUGGCUUGUGCCCCAUUGUACCACUGGAGGACUGAAACAAAACAAGAGAGGGAGCCUGUAGGAACUUGUUACCUGCUUGCUGGAUCUAAAUCUGUAGAAUAUGCACCCUGCAGGUCAACUACUAUCGAUGCAGAUGGACAGGGAUUUUGUCAAGGUGGAUUUAGUAUUGACUUUACAAAGGGAGACAGAGUGCUACUUGGAGGACCUGGAAGUUUUUACUGGCAAGGCCAACUUAUUUCUGAUCGAGUGACGGAGAUUGUGGCUAAAUAUGACUCCAAAGUCUACAGUACAAAGUAUGAUGACCAGUUAGCAACCAGACCUGCCAGUGCUGCUUUUGAUGACAGCUACUUGGGUUAUUCUGUGGCUGUUGGAGACUUCAGUGGUGAUGGCAUAGAAGACUUUGUAUCAGGAGUCCCAAGAGCAGCAAGAACUCUGGGCAUGGUGUCUAUUUACAAUGGGAAGAACAUGUCUUCCAUGUACAACUUCACUGGAGAGCAGAUGGCUGCCUAUUUUGGGUAUUCUGUGGCUGCCACAGAUAUCAAUGGGGACAAUUAUACAGAUCUCUUUAUUGGAGCCCCUCUUUUUAUGGAUCGAGGUUCUGAUGGGAAACUUCAAGAGGUUGGCCAAGUUUCCAUUUGCCUUCAACGACCUUCUGGAGGGUUUCAGAUCACAAAGCUGAAUGGUUUUGAAAUAUUUGCAAGAUUCAGCAGUUCUAUUGCACCUUUGGGGGAUCUAGAUCAGGAUGGCUUCAAUGAUAUUGCAGUUGCUGCACCAUAUGGUGGAGAGGACAAGAGAGGACUUGUCUACAUCUACAAUGGAAGAGCAAAUGGUUUGAAUGCAGUCCCAUCUCAAAUUCUUGAAGGGCAGUGGGCCGCUCGCACCAUGCCACCCAGUUUUGGGUACUCACUGAAAGGAGCCACAGAUGUGGACAAAAAUGGAUAUCCAGACUUGAUUGUUGGAGCCUUUGGUGUUGACACAGCUGUUCUGUAUAGGGCUAGACCAGUUAUUAGAGUAAAUGCUGCCCUGGAAGUUAAUCCAACCAUUCUAAAUCCAGAAAACAAAGCCUGUUCACUGUCAGAUGUAAAAGUUUCUUGCUUCAAAGUAAAGUUCUGCUUAAAAGCGGAUGGCAAAGGAAAGCUUCCUGAUACACUCAAUUUCCAAGUGGAGCUGCUGUUGGAUAAACUUAAGCAGAAAGGAGCUAUAAGGAGGGCUCUCUUUCUCCACAGCAAACAGCCUAGCCACUCUAAGAACAUGACUAUUACAAAGGGGGGCAAAAUGAAUUGUGAAGAACUUGAUGCCUUUUUGAGGGAUGAAUCAGAAUUUAGGGACAAACUAACUCCCAUUACAAUUUUUAUGGAAUAUCGUCUGGAUUACAGAACAGCUGCAGAUGCAACAGGAUUGCACCCUAUCCUCAACCAGUUCACUCCUGCUAAUAUGAGCAGACAGGCACAUAUUCUGCUGGAUUGUGGUGAUGAUAAUAUUUGCAAACCAAAGCUGGAGGUUUCUGUAGAAAGUGAUCAGAAGCAGAUCUAUAUUGGUGAUGACAAUCCCUUGACACUAAUUGUCAAUGCGCAGAAUCAAGGGGAAGGAGCCUACGAAGCAGAACUCUUUGUCAUCGUUCCGCCCGAAGCAGAUUUCAUCGGUGUUGUUCGUAACAACGAGGCUUUAGCAAGACUGUCAUGUGCAUUUAAAACAGAGAAUCAAACUCGCAUGGUAGUUUGUGACCUGGGAAAUCCCAUGAAAGCAGGAACUAAGCUAUUGGCUGGCCUGCGUUUCAGCGUGCACCAGCAGUCUGAAAUGGAUACCUCUGUGAAGUUUGACUUGCAAAUCCGAAGUUCCAACCUGUAUGACAAUCUAAGUCCAGUAGCAUUCUAUCAGGCUGACCUUGCUAUUUUAGCAGCUGUUGAAAUUAGAGGUGUGUCAUCUCCUGAUCACAUAUUCCUUCCUAUUGCAAACUGGCAGCCAAAGGAUAAUCCUGAAACAGAAGAUGAUAUUGGGCCUCUAGUUCAACAUAUCUAUGAGCUGAGAAACAAUGGUCCAAGUGCAUUCAGCAAGGUGAUGAUGACUGUGCAGUGGCCUUACAAAUACAAAAACUACACCCUGUUGUAUAUUGUUCAGUAUGAAAUUGAUGGUCCCAUGAAUUGCACUUCGGAUAUGGAAAUCAAUCCAUUGAAAAUUAAGAUUUCGGCUUCUAAAGAUGAUGAUAAGAAUGAAACACUUAUCAGGGAAGAUAAUCGUGAUCAUCGUAUCAGUCAAAGGGAUGUAACUGCUGUCGAAGGAGAUGUGCAUACUUUGGGCUGUGGAACUGCUGAUUGUUUAAAGAUAGUCUGUCAAGUUGGCCAUCUAGAAAGGGGAAAGAGUGCAAUAUUGUAUUUAAAGUCACGCCUUUGGACCCAAACUUUCAUGAAUAAAGAAAAUCAGAAUCACUCCUAUUCUCUCAAAUCAUCCGCUUCUUUCAAUGUUAUAGAGUUCCCCUAUAAGAACCUUUCCUUUGAAGAUAUCCACAAUUCUACAGUAGUUACUACAAAUAUUACAUGGGGCAUUCAACCACAGCCUAUGCCUGUGCCAGUGUGGGUUAUAAUUUUGGCUGUCCUAGCAGGAUUAUUGCUCUUGGCUGUUCUAGUGUUUGUUAUGUACAGGAUGGGCUUUUUCAAACGUGUAAGACCACCUCAGGAAGAACAAGAAAGAGAACAGCUGCAACCGCAUGAGAAUGGGGAAGGCACAUCAGAAGCUUAAGCAGAGUUUUAUCUGUGACACGUUCUGAAAUCUUUAAAUGCCGACAUCUUGGUUACAAAUAUUGCUUUCCUCCUUAAGGAAAGAAACACUCAUGACUGCAAAGCUGCUGGUCUCAGAAGAGAUCAGCACGUACAAAAUAAAUUCUCCUUUUUGUAUUAAUUAUGUUCAUACAUGUGACUAACGCAUCUGCACUGAUUUGUGUGUGAAAAAAUCAAGUAAUAUGUAGUGCUAUGAUUUUGCUUAUUGGGAUAUAGGAGACUCAUCUUUUUUGAUUCACGGACCAACUUUAUAUGAAUUGCUAUGCAGAUUCUGCAUUUGCUCCUGAAGCAAACAGCUUCCAUAGAUACUUGUUGGAUUACAUGUUUAGUUUUGAUUAAUUUUUGUUGGAGUACGCUACAUUUCAUUUCCUAGCUCUUGAAAGCUAGUUGCACAAAAAAAUGAACACAGCUUGUUUGACAAAACUGAAGAAUAUUCUUUGACUCAUUAACUCUGCUGAUGAUUUUCCUCCUGCUCAAAAAAUAUGAAAGAGAUUUUUCAGUGGAAUCAUUCACAGCUGAUACUUAAUCUGCAUGCCUGUUCCUCUUCCUGUUGAGUCAUCUGUCUUGUGGUUUCUCUCUAGACUUUACAAAUAUUGUUCUCCAGGUCCUGGGUCUCUUACUGUAGGGAUUGAGCCUACAGAAACAAGUGAGCGGUAGAAAGCUGGGGAUGAUGUACUUUCAAUGGGACCUAGUAAAAAGAUUCAGGGUGAGAUUCAAAGACCGCUGUGUAUUUCCACGGAGCAGGGUCCAGGUGUUCCACAGAAGUCUUGGCAGUAUGGAUCCAUUCAGGUACUGCCAGGGACAAGAUGUUGGACUGUCGCUGCAAAAGACAUGUCUGAUGAGAAAACCCAUAGCCUUUAUGUUUCCAGGUCAAACCUCUGCUGGGUUUGAGCCUAAGUCUGUAUAUUACGUGGGUUGAAUUUCAGUUUCUGGUAAAACAAUGGAAGGAAUACUUUGUGACACAUUACCUGAUGCACUGCAAGGAAGCUGUUGUUAAUUCUCACAUUCUGUGGUUAACCGUGUCCAAGUGCAGGAUGCAGUAAUAUAGAGAGUGUUUAUACUAGACUAUCUGCCAGCCAAAUGGAUCUAGAUCACAUCAGUACUUUAGCCACACUCAUGCCUGCCUUGCCACCGGCCCUGAGAGAACAGCAAGCUUGCCAAAUGAAGCAGAGUAUAGCUGGCAAUGCAAAAGGGUUUGAAAAGAGAAGGUUGGUUUGGCUUGUUCCAUUUCAGUCAGUCAUUGUUUCAUUCAUUGCACAUUUCAUUGCACAAAAGACAUUUCAUUGCACAAGACAUUUCAUUAUGUUCAAUACAUUUCAUUACCAGAAAAGACACUAAAUAUUUUGGUUUACGGUUGUUUUUUAAACAUACGAAAAGUUCAGUUGUUUAAAGCCACAGGUUUAUGUCAUUGUUGGCUUAUUUUCCUCAACACUGGUGUGGUAAAGUGAAGCUUCUUAUGUGUAGGAGAGAAUGCAAGAACAUUGUCUAUAUGCACUUCAGUAGACAUGUAAUUGCAAAUUAGGAGGUUGGUUGGCUUGCAACCACAUGUAGCUGUGUUGCACAAAUCUUGAGUGGACAUACUUAAACUAUUAUAAAGGUGCCUUAUGAUUUGUUUAUUCCCUAUUCCAGAAAGGGAAUAUAUUACCUUAUAAACUCCCUGUAUGCAGACACAUACAGAAAGGAAGACUCCUACUGUAAUUAUACCAAUGACAUUUCUAUGUAGACAAGCUCUUGAUGAAACUCUGGUUUGAUUUGGUUUUGUAUCUUGUGGGUCCUGUUCAAAGCUGCACCUCCCGCAUAAAUACUACAAUGUCCAGUAAACCCAGAAUUACCUGAAAUGAACAGUUUGAUUCAACUGUCAUUUCUGCAUCCUUUCUGAGAUUUAAAAAUACCAGAUUUUUAAAAGUUUUAAAAUUUAAGGAGUUUUAAAAUUUAAAAUGGCUUUCAUUAAGUCCACUCUUAUUCACAGAACCAUGAUGGCUUUUGAGUCAUUAAGAGAGACAGCAUAAAGUCUGCGGGGGCCAGUACAUGUAUCGUACACAGGUUUGCAUAUUUAUCCAUUUACAUGUUCUUGUUUUAGACAAUUUGUUUAGAUGUAAUUAGUUUAUAUGAGAGGGUAUAAUUCUGCUUUCACUGGACUUUCAAGGUCUUCAGUGUGGCCAAUGUUUUUUUGUCUUCUAAUAUUGUUAUUAGUAAUACAGUCAAGAAUCAGGAGUCAGGCAUUGAUCCUGGCCUCAAACUGUGACUUUGAUAAAACGCAGUUUCAGUUACUUACAUGGGCUUCUAGUUCACACAUUUUGUCAGCUGAUUAUUGAUACGCGUGCAGACUGUUUUUACCCAGUCUUAAUCUUAGUAGGUUAAGAAGUUUAAGACUCCAUCAGACAGAUUAUAGCUCUAAUUCUUAACACGUGUGCGUUCAUUACAUGUGCACACCAUGUUGACUUUAAAUUUAUUAGGCUACUUGCAUGUCUAGAUGUUAUAAGGAGAUUAAAAAAAAAAAAGUCAGGAUCAGGAUCUUUUCAGCUCACAUGGAAGGUACCGUAGCAUUGUUAAUGUCACUACUAACUGCAUCUUAAAUUUACUGUGGCAACUGGAAACUCUAAUUUUGCUGAUUUUCAGGAUAGAAAGGUACAUUUUCUUGGUACAACUACUGUAGCUAUGGAAAGUUUUUUCCAUUUAUUGAAGUUACAUAAAGUCAAGCUUAUUUAAAUGAUUUCUGUUUUUCUUGUACGCUACUGGAGAAUAAAAGCAAACAGUUGCUUCUCCCGUGUCCAUUAAUUUCCAGUUUGGUUAAAAAAACCCAAACAGUAGCAUAUGUAAACGGACUAUACAGGUUACUUAGCAUAGAUAGACCACCCCAAAUUCAGUUUAAAGUAACAUUUGUGUUUCAGGAAAAUUCUGAGCAGGAUGCUUUCCUGAAUGGGGGUGCAGGAAACAUUUGUUAUCACAUUCUAGAUUUAGCAGUAAGAUUACAGACUAUCUAUGUACUUGUGUCAGUAUAAAUUUCAUACUGACUUACAGGCAUUGAUGUAUUAUUGUAGAAUGAUGUUAAAAGCUUUAAAGAAACUUAAAAAAAUGUAUUUUUGAAUUAAAUUAAUGCCCUUGAGUCAAAGUUGAUGUGUGUAAGUUGCAUACUGCAAACAUGAAAAAAGUACAAUAACAGAGAAUUAGUACUCUUUUGAGAGUUAUGUUUCAGAAAUAUACUUUUUAUGAAUAUAAAAUCAACAGCUACGUAAAUAUUUAGACAAAUUAUUUUAAGAGCUACAUCUUUUAUAAUGAAAUAAGAAAUUCUGUAUAUACUCCAGUUUGCAGUUAUUGCAGCAUCUCAUCAUCAGUAUUAAAAUGUGAUUUAUAUUACAAAAUGCACACUAUCAAUAUUUAGAAAAUGUGAAGCCAGGAACCUAAUUUAUAGGCUUACAUUUCUUUCAAGAAACUACCAAAUUGUGCUGAUAGCUUUUGAUUAAGCAUGAUUGCAAAGUCAAAUAUGGGAUACAUUUAUCAAUGUAAGUUGGAAUCUUAGAGGAAAUGUUCACAGGUAUCAGUAUCAGGUUUAUAAUCUUAUUUGUCUCAUCUUUCUGUUUUAAAUUUUGAUUUACACAUUGAUCUUUGAUUCGUAUGACUCAUGUGGAAACUUUUAAGAAAGUUUAUUAUAUAUACUCUUUCUUUAUAACACAUUUAUUCCAAGCAAAGAGUUUAAUAUUUAGUUGUUUCUAAACUUGUGUCCAUGCUUAGUCUUCAAGGUAAACUCACACAGAUAUUUUGAAAAUAUUUCAGCUAUAAUCAGCAUGUUUAUGUGAUUUGAAGGAUAUAUGUUGCACCUGGAUUUUUGCAACAUUUGGGUCUGCCCUGGCAUAGGCGCUGUAGUAUUUUUUCCCACACCCUGACAAAUAGUCACAGAGCAGCAAUUACCCUGGUGAAAAUCAGGGGUUUCAAAGUAGUCAGGUAGUCAGUUUUUGUCUUCUGUCCAGGCUAAGACUUGUUCCACAGUCUCGUGAAGUCACAGAAGACCUGACAUUCAUUACAACUGGUUUUGAAUGCGACCCUUUGUGUUCAAUGCUGUUGGCUGUUAAUGAGGGGGGAAAAAA